AGAGAAGGGUGGAGGGAGUGUGUCUGAGUUUGUGUAUGUGUGCGUGAGUAGCGUGGUGUGAGAGAGAGAGAGAGAGAGAGAGAGAGAGAGAGAGAGAGAGAAACAGACAUGCACACUCAGGGGUGUGUCUUAGACAAUUAGUUCCUCAAGGAAGUACAAGUCAAAUUAUCUUGAAACAGAGUGGUGAGCAGAUCAGAGAGUUUGUCUGAAAGGUUUUCUGCUGUUCCUGCUUCGUGUGAGGAGACCCUUUAAUCUGAAAAGAAAAUCUGGAUGUUAAUCACCUGAUCUGAGCACAGGAGGAGGACACAGAUUUGACAGAGAGGAGGGAGGGCACAGAAAACAGAGGAAAGAAUGGAGAACUUUAGCUCCAAGGACUUGGCUAUGAAAGCCCAGAAAAAGAUUCUCAGCAACAUGGCCAACAAGUCAGUAGUGCAGAUGUUCAUCGAUGAUACCAGCAGCGAGAUCCUGGACGAGCUGUAUCGUGUGUCAAAGGAGUUCACUGGGAACCGUACAGAGGCCCAGAAAGUGAUUAAGGACCUGAUUAAAGUUGUAGUGAAGAUUGCAGUGCUCUUCAGACACAAUCGCUUCAGUGAGGAGGAGCUCAGCUUAGCCCAGAAAUUCAAGAAGAAACUACAACAGGGCGCCAUGACAGCAAUCAGCUUCCACGAGGUGGAAUUCACCUUCGACAAAAAUGUGAUGUCGAACAUCCUAACCACCUGUAGAGACAUGCUGCUGAAACUUGUAGGCACUCAUCUCACACCGAAAUCCCACGGACGCAUCAACCAUGUCUUCAACCAUUACUCUGACAUUGAGCUUCUCACCCACCUUUACGAUCCAGAUGGCCCAUAUAAGCCCCACCUCACCAAAAUCUGUAACGGACUCAACAAACUGCUGGAGGAGGGCAAGUUAUGAGAACACUGUGCCAGCAGAACUCUUCAACAGUAUUGCCUUAAAGAGACCACCAAGGUGCUGGACAAGAGCAAAGCAGGAUGAGAAACAAACUCUGAACAUGUAGUGACUGAUUGAUGACAGUAACUUUGAUCCUGUUAUGGUUCAACACUUUGGUUUGCCUAUGCUAUAAAAAUCACAUCACAAGUCAUUGAGAACAACACAAGGCGAAAUGGAUCAGCAUUCCUUUUUGAACCCAAACCAGUGGCAGCGUGACUUGGUUUAGUGUGGUGAACACUGUUAAAUACAGUGGACUGUUUACUUAUCAUAUAUUUCAACUUCAAGAUUUCUGUUCUAUUUUUUGAUCAAAAACCUUCUCUUUGAAGUCCACCUUUACUAAAAUGUUGUGUGAA